AUGGCUACUCCCAAUGAGAAAGUAGGCGGUGACGCUCCCGUCGCAGCUCCUGCACCCAACACCACAGGAGAUGUCAAGGCCGAUGACGCCUCAGCUAUUGAGAAGGAACUUGCGUCCGUGGAAGAAGGCUACAUGAAAGAUGAAGGCCGACUUCCCAGUCCUGAAGAGCAGAUUGAUGCUCUGGGAAUUCCGAACUGGCGAGAGCUGGAGAAGAAGAUUGUUAGACGUCUUGACAUGACGCUCAUGCCUUGUGUUUGGUGUCUUUACUUCUUCAAUUAUCUUGACAGAGCUUCUAUUGGUCAUGCGCGAUUGAGUUCUUUUGAUGCGGACUUGGGCCUUGUCGGAUCCAACUUUUCGUCUGCUGUUUCUAUUCUUUCUCUCGGUUACGUCCUUGGUCAACUUCCCAGUAACAUGCUCAUCACCAAGAUCCGACCCAGUAUCUACCUCUGUCUCAUGGCCAUUGUCUGGUCUGGUGUCAGUGUUGCUACUGUCGGAGUCUCAUCUUACUCUGGUCUCAUGGGUGUUCGUUUCGCUCUCGGUCUUGUCGAGGCUCCUCUUCUUCCUGGUGCCAUUUACCUUCUUGGUUGCUGGUACACAAGAAAGGAGAUUGCUUUCCGCAUGGCUAUUCUUUACUCUGCUCAGACUAUUGCUUUCUGCUCCGCUGGUCUCAUUGCCGCGGCCACCUACGCUACUCUUGAGCAAGCGCACGGUCUUGCAGGUUGGCAGUGGCUUUUCAUCAUCCUUGCCACUGCAGGUGCUGGCUCUGCUAUGAUUUGCAUCUGGUUCAUCCCCGAUUAUCCCACCUCUACUACUGGAAGUGCGAUGUGGACUAUGACUGAGGACAUGCGAAAGGUCGCUGCUGCUCGUGUCAUUGCUGAUCGACCUUCUACCACCGAAGCCAAGACUGGUGCAUGGGAAGGACUCAAGCUUGCUGUCCGCGAUCCCAAGCUCUACAUCCUGACUCUCAUGAACAUCACCAUCUCCGCUGCCUACGGAUUCUCCAACUUCUACCCUUCAAUUGUUCGUGGUCUUGCCGCCGAUUGGGGUUACGGUCCUGUCAUCGCUCUCGUCCUUACUGCACCACCCUACAUCUUCGCUGCCAUCGGAUCUUACAUCAACGCGUGGCACUCCGACAAGGUCAAGGAGCGAGGUCUGCAUUACGCCAUCCCCGUUGCUGUUGCUUGUUCCGGUUUCAUCAUCUGUCUCGCAACCACCGACGCACGCGCUCGUUACGGUGCUUCCUUCAUCUACGUGGGCGGUAUGUACAUCGCCAACCCUCUCAUCAUGGGUUAUGUCAGCGGUGCCUUGGCCAAGACACCCGAGAAGCGAGCUGUUUCCGUCGCUCUGUGCAACUUGUUGUCUCAGAUUGGUAACUUCACUGCGCCUUUCAUGUUCGUUGCCAAGGAGGAGCCUCGCUACAUUAGUGCUUUCAUUGGUAUGAUGGCAUUUGGUCUUGCUUCUAGUGCUUGUGCUAUUGUUCUCAAGAUUUGGCUUACCAGGUCCAACAAGAGACUUUUGCGGGAGGCGCAGAGGAAUGGUACUGUUUACCAGCCUUAUUCGACGUAA